ACAUGCUCAUAUUCUACAACAUUGUCGAUCGCAAGUAGACGUUAUACUGGUGUACAAGAAAAAUCAUUUAUAAAUUAAGUAUAGUUUUAAGUAAAUAGAAUAAAAAUGGCGAGGUGUUUUGUCAUAGCUCUGUGUGUCUGUUCGCUAAUAACUAUUGUUUACUGUGCACCCGGAUACGAAAAUAGAGGCAAGAGAUCACCAGGACCACCUCCUAAUAGAGGACCGCCUGCAAAUCGUGGGCCCCCAGCUAACAGAGGCCCACCUGACAACAGGGGACCACCGGACAAUAGGGGCCCGCCUAAUAAUAGAGGCCCUCCUAACAACAGAGGUCCUCCCAAUAACAGAGGCCCGCCGAAUAAAGGACCACAGCAAGGUGGUGACACAUAUGACCAAAAUUCUUAUAACGAUGGCAAUGGAGGCAAUCGUCCAACGAAUGCACCUAACACAAACAACAAUGCCAUACCAAAUAAUGAUAAUAAGGUAGAAGCAGACAAAACACAAACAGAUAAAAAUAAGCAAGAGAUUGUUGAAGUUUUACAAGAAUUUUUCGGUGACCGUUAUCAGAAUACACCGGUGACUGAGAAAGUCACUCAGCGACCGGUUCAGGGCGGUUACCCAGUGUUUCAAGCUGUGGCUGUUACUCCAGAAGAGUGAUUAUAUCAAGAACUCCUUACAUCAUUAUCGUCAUCAGCACAUAUUAUUGGUACUGGCCAGGAUUUGUAGAUUAAAAGACUUAUAACAAAAAGAAAAAAAAAUAUUAGCACUCUAUUAAAUAUUGCUCAAAGUGUGCCAUUGACUGUUAAGCCACCUUAUAUUCACAAAUUCACACUUUUACAGUUGACUGCCCUAGAAAUGAGAAAUAAGCACUGAUUAGGGUAAUAGGCAGCUACUGUUAUUUAUGUACUUUAAGUGUGACUCAUAAUCAUCUUCAAUACACAUCGACAAGCUUAUAAUCACUGCUUCUACUUAGUCGUAGUUAUGUAAUCAUUUAAAUUAUGUACCUUAAGUAUAGGAAAAGAAAGAUUGGUUAAUGUUUGCCAUACUAAACUGAAGAAGACUAAAUUAGUGCUGUGUUCUAGUAUAAAAAUAUUGAAAUGUUGUAGGUAAACUUUUAAAAUCAGGUCCUAAAUGAUACUGUGAAGCGAAAGCGGAGAAAAAUAACAGCCAACACUUCAAAGUUAAUUUUUAAUGUAAUAGUUUUACAACAAUGUCACUUUUUGCUCAAAUAUAAAGUAAGUUAAGAAAUGCAAAGGUUUUUCAUUUUACAAGUAACAUACAAAGUUAAACAAAAGAACAAACUGAUACUCAAUCAAACAAUAAAAAGCUUCUAAAUCUUAACACUGGAAAAAUCUAAACACACUUACUCGAAACUAUAACUUUAACAGAACUUGUAAUAAGUAUAGUUCGCAAUCAAACCAUAACUCCACACAAAUUGAUUACAAUAUAAUUUUCACAUUAAUUGGGAUCAUGCUGUCAGAUUUGUAUUCGAGAAUAUUAUCACUUAAAUGUAAACUUUUCAAUAUUUUCAUUAAUAGGUGGGUUUGCAUCUUCCGUCUGCGGUACGCAUGUAGCCAGGGAUACACCCUCCCGCAAAGUUUUCCCGGCCAUCCUUACCUUCUGUGGUUGUAUUCACGGCACCACUUUGUGGCGUGGUUGUACUGGUGGUAGGAGCUGUAGUCACUUCUGCCUGCUGCCUAGCUACUGUUGCUGCCAAAUCUUCCUUCGGUUCUUCCUCAACAAAGUGUAUGGACUCAUCUGUAUUCCCUUGUUGUACGUUGUCAUUCGGGUGCAAUGCGUUAUGAACAUCUUCUCUCACUUUCUGUACUGAUUGGUGAACAGAAUUAUGGAUGCGACCGAAUAAAUUCGACAAUGGCCCAUCCGCGUUCGUAAAUGGCAGUGUUAAAAUAACACAAAAUAAAAUAGAAAUUGUUAAUUUCAUUUUGUGAAAUGAUCUUGUUCGUGUCACUUCUUGUUAAUAUUUUCUCUUGACUGAAGUCCCGAGUGCGACUUCAGUAUAUAAGAUAACUUAUUGACCUUUUAAAAAUUAUCUUCAUUAUAUUCCGAGAACUGAUAUAAUUCCUAUAUGUGAAUAUCUC